UCGAGAAGCCCCCAGCGGAGGCAUGGAGUGUCCUUCGUGCCGGCACCUCUCCAAAGAGGAAGCCCCCAAGUUCUGCAGCCAGUGCGGAGAGAGACUGCUUCCUCCUGUGGCCCCCAUGGCAGAUUCUGAGAACAGUGAUGCCACGGCGGCCCCAGAGGGCAGCUUGGAGUGUGAGGAAGAGCUAAAGGAGGAAGGGGGCCCUUGCCUGUCCCUGGGCUCAAGUGAUUGUCAGGAAAACCCAGACGAGCCCUGUUCCGAAGCCCCUUGGACUGUCCAGCAGAGCAAAAAGAAAAGGAAGAAGAAUGUUCGGAAGACUUCCGCUUCUGCGGAGCUGGAGUCCUUGCCCCUGUCUCCUUCCAGCCCCCAGAGUCUGAAUUUGCUUUCAAACCCUGGGACCCAGGACACGGCCUUGCCCCAAGGCCAAACUCAGCAGGGUGGUCAGAUCGGCCAGCCGCGCCGGCCCUCGGGCACAGGCGAGACGCCGCUGGAGAGUGACGGACCCUCCGCACGUGCCCACGGGGAGGCUGGCGGCAGCCCCCCGCAGGGUCAGGAUGCGGGAGGACCAGGCGCAGCCACGGGAGGCUCGGCUCAGGGCAGCCCCUCACCCCAGGACCAGUCGGAAGGGCAGGACCGGGACACCAGCAUCCCCGUGGGGGGAUCCCCGGAAAGGGCCGGCCCCACCACCUCUGCUUGCGAAGGCCGCCCUGGGGCUGAAGAGGCUGCCCCCGAGCUCCCGUCGUCGUCGUUGUCAGGAGGGGGCAGCUCUGAGCCCGGGACAGAACAGCAGACCUCCGGACAGCAGGCGGGAGCCCCCGCCGCCGGGGCGAGCGAUGCUGCGGCCGAGCCAGCUCAUCCAGUUAAAGGGGCCAGGAAGGAAGUGAAAGACAAGGCUCCGAAGACGAAACAGCCACCAGCAACCACGCCUGCUUCCAAACGACACUGCCAGGAGGCUGAGACCAAGGACAAGACGGCCGUUACUAGAGAGAAUGCUGGUCAAAAGGAGAGCGGGCAGCAGGGAGGCCCGAAGAAGCCAGAAGGGAACAGCAGAGGUUAUGCCACGGCUGUGAAGAGUGAGAAGGAGCAGAGAAACCGGAGCACCGCACAGGAAGUCAAGGCGAGCCUGCCGAGCCCCAGAGAAGGCGUCACGGUGUACUUCCACGCCAUCCUCUCCAAACAUUUUGCAUUCAACCCCGACCACCAUAAGUUGUUUGUCCGCGGGGGAGAAGAGCUCGGGCAGCCGAAAUGGAGCAGGAACGUCUGUGAGCUGCACUGCACCAGGAGCUUACCUGAGGACGGCUGGCUCGUCGAGGGCAGCACGGUCAUCUCCCGGCAGCACCUGAACAAACCCAUCCCUUACAAGUACGUCGUCGGCCACAGCAAGGGCCGCUGGGAGUACGAGUUCAUCUACAAGCAGCAGCAGCAGGAGGGCGAGCACGUCAACCGCUGCCUGCUCGUCAGAUCUUCGCUCCUGGGCUCGGGAGAGUGGCAUCAGUAUGAUGACAUAAUUUGCAUGAGGCCUCCCGGGAAGUUCCAGAGUUUCUUAGACCACGUAACAGACGGGACGCGGAGGUCGCUGGUGAAAGGAAAGCAGCUGGCCGCCACCGUGAUGCUGGACGGCAUCUUCAGCGUCCUCCAGACCUGGGACGCCAUCAACUUAAACAACUUUUUCACCCAGUUCCAGCAGUUUUACUCUGUUGUCCGAGUGCCUAUGGUCUAUGAAGGACGCGCACAGCCGUGGAGCGCUUUGGGCUACGGAGAGAAAGAGGUGAAGAGAGACUUGUGGGAGUAUUUGAAAAAGCAAAUGGAACCAUUUCUGGACAGAAGAGGGGACUCUCUGCCCAAAGACUACCCAGUGAAGAGUAAACUGAGGAUGGGCCUGAUCGUGCUUUUCUCAGUGGAAAAAUUCAGCUUGCCCUUGUCAGAAGAUGACCUGAACUUGCUGUGUGACAUGCUUGUCCCGGAUGCCGGCUCACCAGACGACCUUCACAACGACCUAAGCCACAUCCUCGGGACAUCUCAGAGCUGGCGCGAGUACCUGGUAAGCCUCUGCCACUCGUGCGUCGACAAGCGGCUCCACUGCUGGCUGGGCGCCCUGCCCGUGCUGCACUACUGCGCGAAGCCGCCCCCCCAAGGAAGGGACACCGGGAGUCAGCCAGAGGACACCUGGGCAGCCCUCGAGGGAAUCUCCUUCUCACAGUUCCGGGAGAAAGGGGCACAUUGGAGUCAAAUACUUCAGUUUAUGGAGGGGGAGAAGCAUUUGCUGAAUGUAGACGAAUAUCUCUUCCGAUCCUGGUUUAGCCUGCUGCCUCUGAGUGACUUGGUUCAGUAUAUGAAGAGCUUCAUUGAAUACUUGGGUCAUUUUCCUGCUGGUGUCCUGGACUGUCUUGUGGGGACUUACUACCGCCUGCGAGGACUUACGGAAAUCUCUUACCGAAAUCUGGAGGAUGUUGAAAGCAUUUUAAAAAUGCUGUUGCACCUCCUGGACGCUUACCACAACAACAUUCCCGAGGAGACCCUGUCACAGUCCUACCCGAGUGUGUGCCUGAAGCUGCACGAGGCCAUCUGCAGCGUCACCAAAAACGAGAGGUUUUACCAGAUUCCUGCCUUGUCGGCCGAGAUCGUUUGCUGUGUUGUUGCACUUCAGCCUGCGGUGGAUUCAGGAGGACUCGGGGAUGAAACCGGGAAGAGUUUGGUUCCAACGGUCUCCCAGGGCGCUCUCACCACUACGAGAACUUGGCUCCGCAGAACCUUUAAAAAGAACAUGUUCCAGGAGACAUAUCGUUUACCCGUCUCGUUCACUUAUUCCGAGGAAAUUGAGGUCUGGCGGCGGCUGGUGGAAAUAAACUUCCCUGUGGAGCACGGUUGGAAGGAGUCGUUGCUGGGAGACUUGGAAGGGCGGCUCAAACAGGAGAGGCCUCUCUUGCAGAUCCGUGCCUACUGCAACUCGCGCUGGGACACCGCAGGCUUAGAGGACAGUGUGGCCAAGAGCUUUGAGAAGUGUGUCAUCGAAGCCGUGAGCUCAGCCUGCCAGUCGCAGACCAGUAUCCUCGAGGGAAUCUCUCAUCACGAUUUGCAGAAAUUUGGCACCCUGGUGUCUGCCGUGAUCGCCAAGUCCUGGCCGAGAAACAGAGGGAAGGCCGUGGAGGACUUGGAUGAAAUUUUGAAGCACCUGCUCACGUGGCCGGAUGUCAAGCAUCUUUUCAAAUUGUGUGGAACCGAAAAGAAAAUAUUAGCAAAUAUUACAGAGGAUGGCAAGAAUCUGAUGGCCACUGCUGACUCUGUGUUCACAAAAGUUGCUGGUGACCUCCUAAAUGGAACGGUUUCCGUCGGGCAGCUAGAGCUGAUCAUGAAGCACAAGAAUCAGUUUCUUGACAUCUGGCAACUCAAGGAAAAAAGUCUUUCACCCCAGGAGAAAGUAUCUGAUAUGAAGAAAGUACUGGAUUGGAGAAAGGACGAACUACUUUUUCUAAAGAAGGAGAAAAGAUACGUUGACGGUCUGCUGAAGUUGUGCGAGAACGUGAAACACCUGGUACAAGUGGACUUUGGAGAGGUUGCAAGAAGACACUCAGAGGACCUCAGCCGUAAAAGGUUGCAUGACGUCGUGACAGUGAGACUGCCGGCCGCCACGUACCAGCCGAUCACGACACACUACCGCUUGAGCCCCCCGGUCCGAGAAAUGGCUGAAAAGAUAGACUUGCUAAAAGACAGCCACAUCUUCCAGAUCUUCUGGAAGGACGCCGCCGAGGGGCUGGGUGAGGCUGAAGAAGAAUCAGAAAGGCAAAGACUGCAGCUCGCAGAGGCGUACGAUGGUCUGUAUCGUCCUUGUUACGAAAAGUUCGUCGCACUUUAUGAGGAUCUGAAGUCAGGAGAGGUCACCUUUGCAGAAAUCAAUGUCAUCUUCAAGGACUUUGUGAAUAAGUACAGUGAACUGACUACAGAGCUCCAGAUCAUGUGUGCUGUGGACAGCCAGAGCCAAAGGGACUGGGUCCGGGAGCGGGUUGGGCAGAUCAGGGAGUACCAUGACCUGCACCAGGCUGUCAGCGCGGCCAAGGUCAUCUUGCAAGUCAAAGAGGAUCUGGGACUGACCGGUGACUUCAGUGUUCUUUGCACUUUACUAAAUUUCACUGAUAACUUUGACGACUUCUGCCACGAGAAACUGGUCCAGAUCAGCCCGCAGCUCAUCCGGGCCAAGAAGAUGCUGCAGGAUGUGGGCACGGCCCGGUGCCGGUGUCUGCAGGCGCUGUCCCAGAGAAAGGAGUUCGUCGGCUGGGUCCGGGAGGCGCUAGGAGGCAUCAACGAGCUGAAGGUGUUUGUGGACCUGGCUUCCAUCUCGGCGGGAGAGAACGACAUAGACGUGGACCGGGUGGCCUGUUUCCACGACGCCGUGCAGGGCUACGCCCCGCUGCUGUACAAGCUGGACCCGGCAGCAGAGUUCAGCGUGUUCAUGGAGCAUCUGAAAGAACUGUGGAAGGCUCUGGACAACGACCAGCACCUGCCCGAGAAACUGCAUGAUUCUGCCAGGAACUUGGAGUGGCUGAAAACAGUGAAGGAGAGUCACGGGUCUGUAGAACUCUCGUCCCUGUCCCUGGCCAGCGCGAUCAACAGCAAAGGCAUCUAUGUGAUCGAGGCACCCAAAGGUGGCCGAAAGAUUUCCCCAGACGCAGUUCUACGCCUCAUCCUCCCUGAGGGUCACGGUGGCCACGAGGAGAUGCGGGACUACUCUUUAGAGGAGCUGAAGGAGCUUUUAAACAAGCUGAUGCUGAUGUCUGGCAAGAAGGAUCACAGCAACGCGGAGGUGGACCGAUUUUCCGAGGUGUUCUGCAGCGUGCAGAGGCUGGUCCAGGCCUUUCUAGAUCUCUACUCUGCCGGGAACAUGCUGUUCAGGAGCUGGACUGCCGAGAUCUACUGCUCCCCCAGGAGGGACGUCUCCAUCCGCAUGGACUUCGGCCUGGGGCUGGUUAACCAGCUGACGGGGAGCGGGGACGUCGCCGGGCUGCUGGAAGCCAUCUGCAGGCAGAUGGAGCAUUUCCUGGGCCACUGGAAGAGAUUCGUGACCGAGAAGCGCAUGGAGCACUUUCACCUCAACUUCUACACGGCGGAGCAGCUGGUUUACCUGAGCACCGAGCUCAGGAAGGAGACGCCCAGCGAAGCUGCCCUAACCAUGCUGUCCUUCAUCAAAGGCCACUGCACCCCAAGGGAUGUCUUAAGGGCCUCCGUGGGGCACGACGAGGAGGCCGCCAGGUACUGCGUGCGGAGAGUGGUUAAGGAGUUGCACCUGGUGCUCUCCGAGUCCAGCCUGGUGGACAAGCUGAAGGCCAUCAUGGAAAAGUCCGUGGGCUGCUUGAGUGCCUUCCUGCCCGACUGCCUGGACCUGGAGGCCCUCGGCCGCUGUCUGGCUCACCUGGCGGUGAUGGGCGGGCCCCCGCCGGAGCGGCAGCUCCCGGGAGGCCUGCACGUCGGCCAGCCCAACCUCGUCGUCUGCGGCCACUCGGAGGUGCUGCCAGCUGCCCUGGCCAUCUACAUGCAGGCCCCGGACCAGCCCCUCCCCACCUACGACGAGGUGCUGCUCUGCACCCCGGGGACCACGUUUGAGGAGGUGGCGCUGCUCCUGCGCCGCUGCCUCACCCUGGGCUCCCACGGGCGCAAGGUCUACAGCCUGCUGUUCGCAGACCAGCUGAGCUACGAGGUGGCCUGCCAGGCGGAGACCCUCUUCCAGAGCCUGUGCACGCAGCGCCACCGGGAGGACUACCAGCUCGUGCUGGUCUGCGACUGUGAGCGGGAGCACUGCUACCUGCCCUCGGCCUUCAGCCAGCACAAGGUCCUCGUCACUCCCCAGGCUCCCCUCGAGGCCAUCCAGGCCUACCUGGCACGGCAUUUCCACGUCCCAGAGCAGAGCCUGUCGGCGGCGGCCGCGUUCAAGGACCGCAUGUGUGUUGGCAUCGUGGCCUCGGAGAGAGCGGGCGUCGGAAAGUCUCUCUACGUGAAGAGAUUGCAUCACAAAUUGAAGCUGAUGACCAGCAAGAAAGUGCCUCUGAAAACCAUUCGACUGAUCGACCCUCAGGUGGAUGAGAGCCAAGUCCUGGGCUCCCUCCUGCCGUUCCUGGCUGCACAGUAUCAGAAGACACCCGUGAUAUUCCACGUGGAUGUGACCUCUUCGGUGCAGACUGGAAUUUGGGUGUUUCUUUUCAAACUCCUCAUCUUACAGUACUUAAUGGAUAUAAAUGGGAAGAUGUGGCUCCGGAACCCCUGCCAUUUAUACGUCAUUGAAAUCCUGGAAGGGAAUUCAGUGCUGCCCGGGAGGUCUUCGACACCGGGUGCACGGACCCCCCAGUUCAGUUUUCUUGACAUCUUCCCAAAAGUCACCUGCAGGCCUCCCAAAGAAGUGCUGGACAUGGAGCUGAAUCCUGAGAGGAGCCAUGGAGAGCCGGGGAUGGAUCUCAUAGAGUUCUGCAGCGAAACUUUCCAAAGACCUUACCAAUAUUUAAAACGAUUCCAUCAAAACGAAAACCUCGACCUGUUUCAGUACCAAGAAGGCUCCAUCGAAGGCACCCCGGAGGAAUGCCUUCAACACUUCCUGAUUUACUGUGGGGUGAUAAACCCAUCCUGGUCAGAGCUUCGGAAUUUCGCGCGGUUCUUGAAUUACCAGCUCCGAGACUGCGAGGCCUCUCUGUUUUGCGAUCCAGAUGUUAUUGGAGACACACUGAAGGGCUUCAAGAACUUUGUGGUGACUUUCAUGAUCCUUAUGGCAAGAGAUUUUUCCACACCGACACUUGACACCUCUGACCAAAGCCCAGGGAAGCACACAGUCCCCAUGGAUGGGGUUAAGGAAGAAGAUCUGGCCCCUUUCUCCCUCCGGAAGCGGUGGGAGUCAGAGCCCCAUCCAUACGUUUUCUUCAACGAUGACCACACCUCCAUGACAUUCAUAGGCUUCCAUUUCCAGCCCAACCAGAAUGGCGGUGUGGACGCCAUCAACCACUUGACUGGGAGCGUGAUCAAGAGGAACGUCAUGACCAUGGAGCUGUACAGUGGGCUGCUGCUUCAGAGGGUGCCCUUCAAUGUCGACUUUGAUAAACUGCCCAGGCACGAGAAGCUCGAAAAGCUCUGCCUGGCCUUAGGGAUCCAGUGGCCCAUUGACCCUGAUGAAACGUACGAGCUUACAACAGACAACAUGCUGAAGAUCCUUGCCAUUGAGAUGCGGUUCCGAUGUGGGAUCCCGGUGAUCAUCAUGGGAGAAACUGGCUGCGGGAAAACCAGGCUCAUCAAAUUCCUGAGCGACCUGCGGCGUGGUGGUGCCGAUGCUCAAACGAUAAAGUUGGUCAAGGUCCAUGGAGGAACGACUGCAGACAUGAUCUACUCCAAAGUCAGGGAGGCUGAGGAUAUCGCUUUCCUCAAUAAGGCCGAACAUCAGCUGGACACCAUCUUGUUUUUGGACGAAGCCAACACAACGGAAGCCGUAAGCGCUAUCAAAGAAGUCCUGUGUGACCACACGAUGGGCGGCCAGCCCCUGGCUAAGUGCUCUGGCUUGCAUGUGAUAGCUGCCUGCAACCCUUACCGGAAGCACUCUGAGGAGGCCAUUUGUCGUCUGGAGUCCGCCGGUUUGGGCUACCGGGUCAGGGCGGAGGAGACGGCAGACAGGCUGGGCUCCAUCCCCCUGAGACAGCUGGUGUACCGUGUCCAUGCUCUGCCCCCGAGCCUGAUUCCUCUGGUGUGGGACUUUGGACAGCUGAAUGACACUGCUGAGAAGCUCUACAUCCAGCAGAUCGUCCAGAGACUAGUCGACUCCAUCCGCCUAGAACCGGACGAGACUCGUGUGAUCGCAGAAGUGCUUUCUGCCUCUCAGGGUUUCAUGAGGAAGAGAAAAGACGAGUGCAGCUUUGUCAGCCUCAGGGACGUGGAGCGCUGCGUGAGAGUUUUCAAAUGGUUUUACGACCACAGUGAGAUGCUUUUAGUAAAACUGAAUUCGUUGGUCUGCGAGUCCAACACCAGCAGAAGUCAUGUCCAGAGAGACCCCAUCCUCUGGUCCCUGGUACUGGCAAUCGGCGUGUGCUACCACGCCUCUUUAGAAAAGAAAGAUUCGUAUCGCAGAGCCAUUUGCAGGUUCUUUCCAGAACCGUAUAAUGACAGCAAGAUUAUUCUGGAGGAAAUCACUCGAACACAGGAUCUUUUUCUCAACGGUGUCCCUCUGAGGAAAACCAUCGCCAAGAACUUGGCUUUGAAGGAGAACGUCUUCAUGAUGGUCAUCUGCAUUGAGCUCAAGAUUCCUCUCUUCCUGGUGGGGAAGCCUGGCAGCUCCAAAUCUCUGGCCAAGACCAUUGUGGCAGACGCCAUGCAAGGCCAGGCUGCUUACUCGGAUCUCUUCCGGAGCCUGAAGCAGGUCCACCUGGUGUCGUUCCAGUGCAGCCCGCAUUCCACCCCGCAAGGCAUCAUAGGCACCUUCAAGCAGUGCGCCCGCUUCCAGCAGGGGAAGGACCUGCAGCAGUAUGUCUCCGUGGUGGUGUUAGACGAGGUGGGGCUGGCGGAAGACUCGCCCAAAAUGCCCCUGAAGGCUCUGCACCCGCUGCUGGAAGACGGCUGCAUUGAAGAUGAUCCUGCUCCUCACAAGAAGGUCGGCUUUGUGGGCAUCUCCAACUGGGCCCUCGACCCCGCCAAGAUGAACCGGGGUAUCUUUGUGUCACGCAGCAGCCCCAGCAAGCGGGAGCUCAUGGAGAGUGCCAAGGGCAUCUGCUCUUCGGACAGCCUCGUUCGGGACAGAAUCCAGGGCUUCUUUGCACCCUUUGCCAAAGCCUACGAGACAGUGUGCAGGAGCCAGGACAAGGAGUUCUUUGGGCUUCGUGACUACUACAGCCUCAUCAAAAUGGUCUUUGCCAUGGCUAAAGCCUCUAAUAGAAAGCCUUCCCCACGAGACAUUGCACAGGCUGUCCUCCGAAACUUCAGCGGCAAAGAUGACAUCCACGCUCUGGACAUUUUUACAGCCAGUUUACCCGAGGCAAAGUGCUCAGAAGAAGUCAGCACCGUGCAGUUGAUCAAGCAGAACAUCUACGGGGCUCUGCAGAAGGCGCCGGGCAGAGAGCUGGAGGACGUGGACUCUCGCUACUUACUCGUGCUGACCAAAAACUACGUGGCCCUGCAGAUCCUGCAGCAGACGUUCUUCAGCGAGGGCCAGCAGCCGGAGAUUAUUUUUGGUUCCAGUUUUCCCAGGGACCAAGAGUACACCCAGAUCUGCAGAAACAUCAACCGCGUGAAGAUCUGCAUGGAAACGGGCAAGAUGGUGGUGCUGCUGAACCUGCAGAACCUCUACGAGAGCCUCUACGACGCGCUCAACCAGUACUACGUCUACCUCGGGGGUCAGAAGUACGUGGACCUUGGUUUGGGGACCCAUCGUGUCAAAUGUCGGGUUCACCCAGACUUCCGCCUGAUAGUCAUCGAAGAAAAGGACGUUGUGUACAGACACUUCCCCAUCCCCCUAAUCAACCGGCUGGAGAAGCACUAUCUGGACCUGAGCACUGUGCUGGAGAAAUGGCAGAAGAACAUCGUGGACGAACUCGAGACGUGGGUGGCGAAAUUCAUCCACAUGAAGGCGGAUCCGUUCCUAGCCAGACACAAGUACAGCCCUUCCGACGUCUUCAUCGGCUACCACUCUGACACCUGCGCCUCCGUGGUGCUGCAGGUCACAGAGAGGCAAGGGCCCAGGGACCCGACCGAGGAGCUCUACCAGAAGGUGUCCAUGGAGGCCAAACUGAUCCUGCUGGAUUGCGCCACCCCCGACGCCGUGGUCCGGCUGAGCGCCUCCUCGCUGGGCUUGUUCGCCGCCCAGGCUCUGUCUCGGGAAUACUACCACACUCAGCAGCACAACUCCUUCGCGGAUUUCCUGCGGGCUCACCUUCACACGACACACCUGGAACGCUGUGCCGUCUUCACAGAGAUCACCACUUUCUCCAGACUGCUGACGAGUCACGACUGUGAAGCCUUAGCGUUGGAGCUAGGAGGCGGGGCUCAGAAACCCACGGUCCUGUGGCUGCAGCAGUUUGACACCGAGCACGCCUUCCUCAAGGAAGUCCGAAACUGCUUAACUUGUGCAGCCAGAUGUAAAAUCCUCAUUAUUCAGACAGAUUUUGAAGACGGAGUUCAGAGUGCUCAGUUCGUUGCCUCGGCUAAGUAUUCUGCUGUGAAUGAAAUCAACAAGGUACAAGGAAACGAGGGCCGUGUCUUCGUCUAUUUCAUCACAAAACUGUCCCGGAUGGGAAGCGGAACAUCCUAUGUGGGAUUCCAUGGAGGGCUAUGGCGGUCUGUGCACAUUGACGACCUCCGGAGAUCCACAGUCAUGGUUUCGGACGUGACUAAACUGCAGAGCGUCACGGUCAGCCAGCUGUUCGAGCCGGGAGAGCAGCCCGAGCUGGAGAUGGGACGUGGGGCGGAAGAUGACCGAGAGGAGGCGAUGGAAACAGAGAGUAGCAGAUCGGGAGAAACGGCAGACGUGGACAUGGAGACGGAAAGUUCUGGGAGGACGGAAGAUGAAACCUCCCAGAUGGGAGGCAGUGACGUGCGGAUCCUGGACACCACCCGGCUGCUGAGGAGCUGCGUGCAGAGCGCCGUGGGGGUGCUCAGGGACAAGAGCGAGAGCUGCAGGCGCAACAUGAGGAGGGUGGAGCUCCUGCUCGGCCUCUUCAGUGAGGACGACGAGUGCAGUGCCUCUUUCCUGCGGGUGACCAAGAUGCGCCUCCAUGAUCUUUUAAAGAAGCAAGAAGAGAACCACCUGCACAGUCUGAAGGAGUGGGUGGCGAGGGAGGCUUCGAACCAGGACGCCCUCCAGGAGGCGGGCACGUUCAGGCAGACCCUUUGGAAGCGAGUCCAGGGUGUUGUCACACCUCUCCUGGCGAGUAUGAUAUCGUUCAUCGACAGAGACGGAAACCUCGAGCUCCUGGCCAGGCCAGAUUCUCCACCCUGGGCAAGAGAUCUUUGGAUGUUUAUUUUCAGAGACAUUAAGCUUCUGAACAUUCCUCUUGUGAUGAAUAACGCAAGACCUCAGAGUGAGAUGUCCUCCAUCAUGGUGCAGAACUACAUGAACCUUUCCGAGAAUGCUUCCAAUGACGUCCCGUUUAGCUGGAGAAUCAAGGACUACCUGGAGGAGCUUUGGGUGCAGGCUCAGUAUAUCACAGAUGCGGAAGGGGUGUCACGGAAGUUAGUGGAAAUCUUCCGGCAGACUCCGCUGGGCGUGUUUCUCGCCCAGUUCCGUGAAGAGCGGCAGCAAGAGCUUCUGCAGCGCUACUGCGCGGACUUUCUCCUCCUGACCAUGAGCAUGUCCACGCCGGAGGAACUAAAGCUUCUGCAGAUGGCUCUGUGGUCCGGCAUCAGUGAACUGAGAGCAGCGUCAGGAGGGCCGGAGCAAGGGGUCUCCUUACCUUGGGUGCACCUCGCCUACCACCGCUUCAGGAGCCGGCUGCAGAACCUCUCCAGGAUCUUGAGCAUCCACCCCCAAGUUCUACGGAGCCUGGCGCAAGCCUCGCGGAGCCACGACCUGGCUGGCCGUGAGAUGACACUGGAUGCGUUUGCAGCGAUGGCCUGUGUGGAAAUGCUGACGAGAGACGCCCUGAAGCCCAGCCCCCAGGCCUGGUUGCAGCUGGUGAAGAACCUCUCCAUGCCGCUGGAGCUCGUCUGCGCCCACGGGCACGUGCACGGCAGCAGAAGGCUGACCGAAGCUGUCAGGGAAGUCAGAAACCAGUGGAAUCGGAUUUUUUCCACUGCACUCUUCGUGGAGCAUGUGCUCCUGGGGACGGAGAGCCAGGUCCCCGAGUUAAGCAAGCUGGUGACCGAGUACGCCUUCUUGCUGGACAAGUGUCUUCAAGAGAACUCUGACCUCAAGACCCACAGGCCUUUUGUGGCUGUGAUGAAAACCCUCUGCGAAUGUAAGGACACAGCCAGCAAGACCCUCGCCAGGUGUGAGAUCCAGCCGUGCCCCAUCUGCCUGGGAGACGCGCAGGACCCCGUCUGCCUGCCCUGUGACCACGUGUACUGCCUGCGCUGCAUCAAAGCCUGGCUUGUCCCCGGGCAGAUGAUGUGCCGCCGCUGUUUGACUGCCUUGCCAGACACGUUCUCUCUAACCGUUUCCCAGGAGCACAGGAAAGCCAUUGAACAACAUGCCCAGUUCCGGCAGAUGUGCAACAGUUUCUUCGUAGACCUGGUUUCCACCAUGUGCUUCAAAGACAACACCCCGCCUCAGAAGGAAGUGGUUGACAGCCUGCUGUCGUUGCUCUUUGUACAAAAGGAACUCUUAAGAGACACUCCCCAAGGACACUGUGAACACACAAAAUCGCUCUCUCCGUUUAAUGAUGUUGUCGAUAAGACUCCGGUCAUCCGCUCAGUGGUACUGAAACUGCUUUUGAAGUACAGCUUCCAUGAAGUGAAAGAUUACAUUGAGGACUACCUGUCCCUGUUAAAAAAUAAAGCUCUCGUAACCGAAGAUAAAACUGAGCUGUACAUACUCUUUAUCAGCUGUCUGGAGGAUUCAUUACACGAGAAGACCAGUGUUUGCUCCAGAAACGAUGAACUGAAGAACCUCCAAGAGCAAAGGCUCUUCCUUAAGACGUACCCCCUGGAAAGACGUGGCCAGGAAGCUGCCCACGAGGCUUCAGUCGAAUACCUGCAGGAGAUCGCCAGCAUCCGCCUCUGCCUGGACAGGGCUUCUGACCUCCUCGCGGAGCUGCAGGGAGGCUCAGAGAUGGCUGAGGAGAAGCGGCACUAUCUGCGGCAAGUUGAGCACUUCUGCACCCGCGCGGAGAACGACUGGUACCAGGUGUACCUGGUGAGGAAGCUGGCCAGCCAGCGGGGCAUGGAGUUCGUGCAGGGCCUCUCCAAGCCGGGCCACCCGUGCCAGUGGGUCUUCCCCAAGGACGUCAUCACACAGCAGGAGGACUACCCGGGCCAGAUAGAUCGAUACCUGGUGUACGGUGAUGAGUACAAGGCUCUUCGUGAUGCCACGGCCAAAGCUGUCCUAGAGUGCAAGCCCCUGGAUAUUGUGACUGCCCUGAAGGCCUGCAGGAAACCCAGAACCCAACAGGCAGUCCACUUACUGUUAGCACUUUUCAGAGAGGUGGCUGUUUUAUACAGAUCCAGUAACGCGAACCUCCAUCCUAAGCCGGAGCAAUGCGAAGCUGUGAACAAAUUCAUCGAAGAGUGCGAGAUCUUCUCUCCCGCUAUCAAAUGUUUUGCAACAUCCCUUGUGGACAAUACCCUGCCAUUGCUGAGGACGAGCCCCGGUGACAACGGCCUUGAAGGAGCAGUGACAGAAAUGGCCGUUCAUACUGCAGCCAUCCUUCUGUGUGGACAAAACCAAGUCUUGGAACCACUAAAGAACUUGGCUUUCUCCCCAGCCAGCAUGGUGAACGCCUUUCUUCCAACAAUGCCUGAAGACUUGCUGGCUCAAGCUAGGUACUGGAAGGGUCUGGAAAGAGUCCGUUGGUACACCUGCCCCAACGGCCAUCCCUGCUCUGUGGGAGAGUGCGGCAUGCCGAUGGAACAGAGCUUCUGUGUAGACUGUCGCGCUCCAGUUGGAGGUUCCAACCACAAACCUCACGAUGGCUUUUCUGUUAUCACAGACAGCACAGACAGAACCCAGACUGGCCACGUGCUGGGUGACCCGUGGCACAGAGGCGUGGCGGUGGUGCCUGACCGAGAGCUGUCCCCGGCGGUCUUCCUUCUCACCCGGCUGCUCACGCACUUGGCCAUGCUGCUGGGGGCCGUCCAAAACCCGCAGGCUCUGAUACACAUCAUUAAGCCUCCCGUGCAGGACCCGAGAGGAUUCCUGCAGCAGCACGUCCAGGCAGACCUGCAGCAGCUAACCAGGAUGCUGGGGAGGAGCGCGGACGAGACCGCCAACGCCGUCCACCACGUCCUGUGCAGCCUCGCCCAGGCGCAGCACCGCCCCUCCGGCCAGAGGCUUUUAAAUUUUGAUGCAAAGUUGUCAACCAAAGAAAUGAGAAACAACUGGGAGAAACAAGUUGAAGCCGUUAUGUUACCUGAACUGCAGCAUCUAGAUAAAACCCUUCUGACCGUGAACACCCUAAUCAGCCAAGAUGAGCGUAUCAGCUCCAACCCUGUGGCCAAAAUCAUAUACGGUGACCCAGUGACCUUCUUGCCCCACCUGCCCCGGAAAAGUGAGGUCCAUUGCUCAAAGAUUUGGAGCUGCAGAAAAAGGAUCACAGUUGAGUACCUCCAGCACAUUGUGGAGCAGAAAAAUGGCAAAGAAACAGUGCCCAUCCUCUGGCAUUUCCUGCAGAAGGAAGCAGAACUGGGACUGGUGAAGUUCUUGCCUGAGAUUUUGGCCCUGCAAAGGAGUCUAGUGAAGCGAUUCCAGAAUGUUCCACAAGUUGAAUACAACUCAAUCAGAAGUUUCAUUAGCAGCCACAAUUCAGAUGGGUUGAGACAGUUAUUUCAGAACAGAAUCACCAUCUUUCUGUCGACGUGGAACAAGCUGAGGAGGUCGCUUGAGACCAACGGUGAAAUCAAGCUGCCUAAAGACUACUGCAGUGCCGACUUGGAUCUGGACGCCGAGUUUGAGGUCAUCCUGCCGCGUCGACGGGGCCUAGGCCUCUGUUCUACCGCCCUGGUUAGCUACUUGAUUAACCUACACAAUCAAGUUGUCUACACGGUGGAAAAGUUCUCCAGCGAAAGCAACAGCUAUUCUGUGGACGCCUCUGAGGUCACCGACCUGCACGUCAUCAAUUACGAGGUGGAGCGGGACCUGACCCCGCUGAUUCUCUCCAACUGCCAGUAUCAGGUGGAGCAAGGCGGCGAGACCUCGCGGGAGUUCGACCUGGAGAAGAUCCAGCGCCAGGUCACCAGCCGCUGCCUCCAGGGCAAGCCCAGGCUGACGCUCAAGGGAAUACCCACUCUGGUAUACAGACAUGACUGGAACUACGAACAUCUCUUUGUGGACAUCAAGAACAAAAUGGCACAGAACUCCCUCCCCAACUCGGCCAUCAGCGCCAUCAGUGGACAACUGCAGUCCUACAGCGACACCUGUGAGGCUCUGUCCAUCAUAGAAGUCACUUUGGGGUUUCUGAGCACGGCUGGCGGGGAUCCAAACAUGCGCUUGAACACGUAUGUCCAAGACGUCUUGCGAAUGGGUGACCAGACAGCUCUUGUGCUAAAGGCCUUGAACAGGUGUCAGCUAAAACACACCAUCGCCCUCUGGCAGCUCCUCUCUGCCUACAAGUCCGAACAGCUGCUGCGACUGAACAAAGAGCCAUUUAGGGAAAUCAGCUCAAGGUACAAAGAGGACCUCAGCCCAGAAAAUGCUAAGCUGCUCAGCACUUUCCUGAAUCAGACUGGCCUGGAUACCUUCCUGCUGGAACUCCACGAAAUGAUGGUCUUGAAACUGAAGAACCCCCAGGCCGAGGGCAGCUUCAAGCCUGAGUGGAGCCUGAGAGAAACUCUAGUAAGUUACAUGGACACUAAAGAGAGCGAAACCCUUCCUGAAGUGGAGUGUCAGUUCCCGGAAGAGAUCCUGCUCUCGAGCUGUGUCUGCGUGUGGAAAAUGGCUGCUGAACUGAAACGGGAUCGACAGACGAGAUAGAAUCACGUCCUCAGCACUGUCUUCGGGGAGACUCGGGGCAGAAGGCUCUUGCCCCACACCCACGGCCCGGAUCCCACCACGGCCCGCUGCCUUGGGCAGUGCUCGGGAGGAACGCCAUUGGCCUAGCACGGAAUUCAAGGCCAGGAUGUGCCGU